ACUAGACUCAUCGCGAGGACAUUGAAAAGGAGAGGAAGACCGAAUGAAACCGUAAACACUCCUCACCCCAAUCAUAUCCAUUUUCCAAAGAGCUUCGCAAUGAGCCCGAACAACAAGCAGGUCGUCACUGACGCUUACCAACGAAUUUUCGGUGAUUUGGAUGCCUCGGCAGUGGACGACUACAUGAGCAAGGAUUUUGUUCAGCACAAUCCAACAAUUCCUGAUGGCCCUGCGGGAGUGAAACAACUCGUACAAAAGCUUGUUUCGCAAGGAGUACAGAAACAGACGAUCGAGUUCAAACAUGUGGUUGCGGAAGGCGAUACUGUCAUUCUUCAUACACGCUACGAAAUGGCAGGGCAUGAAUGGAGAUUUAUCGAUAUCUAUCGCGUCAAGAACGACAAAUUGGUCGAGCACUGGGAUGCAAUGAUCCAAUGGCCUGAGACGCGCGCAAACAGCAAUCCGAUGUUCUAGAAUGGCCUGAUCCUGGUCAUGCUCUCUUUUCAGCCUUUCUAUAUCCCAACUCGGGUGUACUGUCGUGGACUCUACGGCGUCCUUUUGUGCCAGUGCGGUGGUUCGUUCUCGACCUAGACCUUGGAUUUAAUCCGUCAAAUGGAGGAUUUCUGUUGGAACACUGUGGCCAAGUUACAGGUAGCUGGCAAGGAGAUGCGGCAGGUGGACUGUGCUCUGUUGAGACAGUGUGGCUAAGGUCGUCCGAUCUGCUGAUGGCUAGGAUGUGGAUACUAUGUAAGGAGCUGUGCUCCUAUCGAACAUAUGUAACCUACAGAUAAUACCAACACAAUCAACCCGGUUUCUCUUCAACAGUACUAAACUGCGGUUAUAAUGAUAAUAGCAGUUUCGUCCGAAAGUGUCAGAAGACCGACGCCUCGCACGAACAAGCAACAAGCACCGUGCCUUAAGUACGGUGGGUAGGGCGACUAGGCAAAUCAAGGUCAUUA